AUGGCCAAUGAAGCUGAGCUCAGGAUGGUGCUUGUUGGGAAAACGAGAGUUGGGAAGAGUGCAGCAGGAAACACCAUCUUAAGGAGAAGAGCUUUUGAAACUAUGAGGCUUCCUGCUGUAGCGGCACCAGUGACUCUGAGGAGAGAAGAAGAGUUUUAUGGACAAACACUGGCUUUAGUUGAUACUCCAGGCCUGCUCCAUCCCAAUCAAGAUCAAGAUGAGGUGAAGAGGCACAUCACCAACUGCAUCACAUUUGCUGCUCCGGGUCCACAUGUGUUCUUGGUUGUGAUCGAUCCAAACAGAUUCAUGGAAAAUGAUAGAAGAAUAAUGAGAACCCUUCGGCAGAUAUUUGGAGAACACCUAGCACGUUUCUCUUUGCUCUUGUUCACCCAUGGAGACAUUCUGGAAGCUCAAGGGCGCUCCAUUGAAGAAAUAAUCCGUGAAAAUCCAUCUCUCCGUUCUAUCAUUCAUCAGUGUCAUGGAGGAUAUCAUGUUUUAAAUAACAAUGAUGGGGAUCUCACUCAGGUCUUAGAGUUGCAGAGGAAGAUACACAUGCUGGUUCAGAGAAAUGGAGGACGAUAA